GCCACCGGACGGCGCGCGGGCCGUCGCUGCGAGCGCGACCCAGAGAUCCGGCUGUGGUGAGCGCCGCUCGCUCCGCGUCUGGUGUGCGUUUGGUGUCGCCGUGUAGCCUGGCACGGCCCUGAGCGUCGCUACGUCCCCCGCGGCCGUGCGGAGCCGGGAGACAGUGGGUUGCGCGAGGCGGGCCGGCGCGGCCUCUCCCGACCGGAGUGCCGCCGGAGUGCCGCCGGAGUGCCGGGCGGAUGAGUGGGUGUCUGCCCGGCGCGGCGGCCGGCGACGCCAGCUGACGUGAGGCCAUGGUGUUGACCGGCGUGUACAGUGGACACGCCUACUACGGCUCCCGCGUCAACAGCCUGCUGUACAUCGUGGGCGACUGCGCCACCCAGUCAGCGUUCCACGAGCUGGGCCUCAAGUAUGGCUUCGCGCCGGACAUCUCUGACGCGGCGCUGCCGCAGAAGCUGGAGGAGCUGCGCGAGUACAUCAAGCGCGAGAUCCGUAAGGAGCUCAAGAUUAAGGAGGGCGCCGAGAAGCUGCGCACGGCCACCAGCGACAAGAAGAGCCUGCAGAACGUCUCCAGCAUCGUCAAGAAGGCCAACAACAAGCUGCAGGAGCUGCAGGCGGAGCUGCACGAGCUGGACUCGCAGAUUCUGCUGACGCAGGGCCAGGCCGGCCACGAGGGCUCGGCGCCGCAGCCCUGCGUGCCAGAGGCGCCCAUGUCGCCGCUGGGGGACAGCCAGCUGGAGGAGCAGCCGCUGACCACCACCGACGAGCGCCUGCGCAGCCUCGGCCGCCAGCUCAACAUCGAGAUGAAGGUGAAGCAGGGCGCCGAGAACCUCAUCAGCAUGUACUCGGCCGGCGGCCAGCAGAGCAAGAAGCUGCUGGCCGACGCCCACCAGAUGCUGGAGGAUGCUAAGGCCAAGAUCGACUACAUCAAGAUGCGCAUCAACAAGCUGAGCCAGAACGUGGCGCAGAGCUCCAGCGGCGAGAACCGCUCCAUGGUGGACCGGGCGUUCGAGUCGAGCCAGCUGACGCCGCUGGAUGUGCGUAUCGAGGAGCUGCGCCACCACCUGCGCAUCGAGACGGCCGUCAUGGACGGCGCCAAGAAUGCCAUCCGCCUGCUCCAGAGCGGCAAGGUCACAGACAAGAAGGCCCUCCAGGAGGCGCAGCAGAGUCUGCAGGAGUCCAGCCGCAAGCUGGACCUGCUGCGCCUCUCGCUGGACCGGAGACGGAAGGAGCUGCCGCCCGGCUCCAUCAAGGCGUCGGAGCUGAAGGAGGACCUGGAGCAGGUGCAGUCGCCGUCGUCCAACUCGGCCAGUCUGGAGAACUUCCGCCGCUCCAGCGAGGUCAAGGAGAACGUCGCCGCGUCCGGCUACCGGCCCAGCAUCAGCGUGGUGAAGACGGCCGCCGUCACCGGCAAGCUGGAAGUGCGGCUGCUCGGCUGCCAGGGCCUGCUGGAGGAGGUGCCGGGCCGGUCCCGGCGCGACUCUGCGCACAGCAUAUCUAGUCCGUCCGACCUGCGCUUCUUCAUGAAGGGCGUCACCGGCCGCUCGUCCUCCAAGUCCUACAGCGUCAAGGACGAGACGAGCAACCCGGGCCUGGUGCGGCAGGUGCUCAACAACCCGUGUCUGCCGCGCUCCGCCGAGCUCGCCUCCAACGAGAUCAUGGCCGUGCUGAAGCUGGACAACGUGACGGUGGGCCAGACCAGCUGGAAGGCGUGCUCCCAGCAGGCGUGGGACCAGCGCUUCUCCAUCGACCUGGACAAGUCGCGCGAGCUCGAGGUGGACAUCUACUGGCGCGACUGGCGGUCGCUGUGCGCCGUCAAGUUCCUCCGCCUGGAGGAGUUUAUCGAUGACGUGCGGGACGGCAUGGCGCUUCAGCUGGAGCCGCAGGGCCUGCUCUUCGCAGAGAUAAAAUUCCUGAACCCGAUGAUAUCGCGUCGGCCGAAGCUGCAGCGCCAGCGCAAGAUCUUCAAGCACAAGGGCAAGACGAUCCUGCGCCCCAAGCAGAUGAACAUCAACGUGGCCACGUGGGGUCGGCUGAUGCGACGAGAUCUGCCGGCCGACCAGGGCAACGAGGCCUCCUCGGGCCCGUCCAGCCAGAGCAGCACGCUGCAGCGGCCGCUGGGCCGGCUGGACUCGGUGCCCGACGACAUGGAGCCGGCCGAGCUGCUGACGCCGGCCGAGGGCGGCGCUGCCCGACCGCUCACCAUGUCAGAGGCGGUCAAAACCACACCGCCGCCCACCAUAUACUCACAUACGCCCAGUUUAUCGUCGAGCUCCAGUUUACACGGGAUGCGGAAGCCGCUGGCCGUCCCCACGCCCACCGUGCCGCCGAAGCUGGGCUCGCCGACCGAACCGCUGGCCAAGCUGCCGGGAGAGGCGGCGCUGGGCGGCCCCGGCCAGCGCGAGAGCAAGCACAUCAACAUCAUCGAGGUGGGCGACGAGACGGGCGGCGUGACGGUGACGCACAUGUCGGCCGGCGGCCGCGCGCCGCCGCAGAUGGGCCAGAGGAGCGAGGUGCUCUGCCGGCCGGUGUACCGCGACUCCGCCUACGAGUCGCACCGCGUCUCUCAGCUGACCGGCAUGGCGCUCGACAACUUCCGCAUGAUCGCCGUGCUCGGCCGCGGACACUUCGGCAAGGUGAUCCUCACCCAGUACCGGAACACGGGCGAGUACUACGCCAUCAAGGCGCUGAAGAAGGCCGACAUCAUCUCGCGGGACGAGGUCGAGUCGCUGCUGGCCGAGAAGCGCAUCUUCGAGGCGGCCAACUCAGUGCGCCACCCGUUCUUGGUCAACCUCUUCAGCUGCUUCCAGACGGAGACGUACGCGCUGGGGCGGCUCCAGUCAGCGGUCCGGGGAUGGUGUCGGUCCCACCCGGCGCUGGUCAGGGAUGGGCUGGUCAGAGAUGCACUGGUCAGAGAUGCACUGGUCAGGGACCUGCUGGUCAGGGACCUGCUGGUCAAGGGCGAGCUGGUCGGGGACCUGCUGAGCCACGUGUGUUUUGUGAUGGAGUACGCGGCCGGCGGGGACCUGAUGAUGCACAUCCACUCGGACGUGUUCUCUGAGCCGCGGGCCGUCUUCUACGCCGCCUGUGUGGUGCUCGGUCUGCAGUACCUGCACGAGAACAAGAUCAUCUACCGGGACCUGAAGCUGGACAACCUGCUGCUGGACACGGACGGCUACGUGAAGAUCGCCGACUUUGGCCUCUGCAAGGAGGGCAUGGGCUACGGCGACCGCACAGGCACCUUCUGCGGCACGCCCGAGUUCCUGGCGCCCGAGGUGCUCACCGAGCAGACGUACACGCGCGCCGUCGACUGGUGGGGCCUGGGCGUGCUCAUCUUCGAGAUGCUGGUGGGCGAGUCGCCGUUCCCCGGCGACGACGAGGAGGAGGUGUUCGACAGCAUCGUCAACGACGAGCUGCGCUACCCGCGCUUCCUGUCGCUACAGGCCAUCGCCAUCAUGCGUCGGCUGCUGAGGAAGAACCCGGAGAGGCGUCUGGGCGCCAGCGAGCGCGACGCCGAAGACGUGAAGAAGCAAACCUUCUUCAGCGGCGUCGGCUGGGAGGAGCUGCUGGCCCGCCGGGUGCGGCCACCCUUCGUGCCAACCAUUAAAACGCUGGAGGACGUGUCGAACUUUGACGAGGAGUUCACGUCAGAGCGUGCCGUGCUGACGCCGCCCAAGGAGCAGCGACCGCUGACGGCGCCCGACCAGCUCCUCUUCAGGGACUUCACGUACAUGGCCGACUGGUGCUAG